GCAGGCAGACCCUCGCCUGGCUGCUCCCGCUCUGGGUGCGGACGGUGUGGUGAAAGCGCCGGCCUGGGCCGGUGUUGGGUCAGGGGCACCCCGGGCACCCUGCUGUCCUCCCUGGGCCAGGCUGGCUUCGAGCAGGGAAGCACUGGGGGGCGUCACGAAGAGAGGCUGUGUGCCCAGGGCAGGUCUGGGGGUGCCAGCGAGGGCACGAAGGGCAUGAUUUCUACUCCCGAGGCCUGCGACAGCCAUGGUGUCUUCCCCUGUGUCCCCCCUCCCCUCCACCCCCUGUUCCUGACGUCCUGAGCGUGGCUGUGGGAGCACAAUGAGGCCCUGAGGAACGCAGCUGCUCCGGCUGAGGAAACGGCUGCCGGCUUCCUCCGCGCAGCCCUGCCCUGGCCCCUGCAACUCCAGCAGCCUGGAGACCAUGGGCAUGUCUGCAGAGGACAAGCGCACCAUGAGCCUCAGAGAUGAGGAGUGGCCAGAAGCAGAGAAGGCUGAGAAGUUGGCAAGAGGAGCUGCUCUGAAAUGGGCUUCAGGGGUGUUUUACCGCCCCGAGAAACUGGAGGGGCUCGGGCAGUACCGGAGCCGAGAGACGCAGAGGAACAGCUCCAUCCAGUCCCGGCUGAAGUCAACCAUCCAAUCCUACCUGGAGGGGGUAAGUGCGGGGCUGGAGCAGCUGCGGUCGGCGGCCCAGGAGGUGCAGAGCGUGUGCCAGGACCUGGGGGCUGCGCGGUGGGCCCUGCUCGACAGUGCAGACCGCUUCCAGGGCCUCCAGCAGAUGCGGGCACUGAUGGCAGAGCACGUGCAGCUGGCCUCGGUGGUCCAGGUGCUGCCCCAGCUCUUCUCAGUCCACGAGGUUUUUUCCCAUACCCUGCAGCUGCUCAGUGGGCAGCAACUCUUGGAGGCCCAUGCAGAGCUCAUGAUGAUGGAGCAUCUCCGGGACGACAUCCUCUCCCAGCUGCACCUCCGCGGGCUUUCCAGUGCCCAGGCAACUGUGCUGUCCUACUUCGGUGGCCUACAGGAGCUCAACGAGAGCCUGGCCAAGCAGCUGUGGGACAUCGUGGGCAGCAGCCUGCGGCUGGUGCGUGAGGACCCAGUUCUCUUUGUCACCGCUGUAAGGAUCAUCGAGCGGGAGGAGAAAAUAGAUGAUACUCUGCUCCUGGAGGCCACCUUCCUGCCCCCUGGCCGCCCAAAGGGCUGGAGGCAGAAGUUUUACCACAUUCUCCAGGAGACCAUCACAGGAGCCCACUUUCAUGCAGCCCACAUGGACACUGAGGGGCCAGGGCUGGCCAGGCACCUGGCAGCACUGCAGAAGGACAUCGUGGCUGAGCUGCGUGUGGUGAAGGACCUGAUGGUCCAGUGCGUCCCGGCUCACUACAACAUCCUCAGUGUCUGCACUGUCACCUACCACCAGGCCCUCAUCAGCCACCUCCAAGACAUCCUCCGAGAGGACCUGGACAAACAGGCACUCUUCCUCCUCCUUGAGUGGGCGCUUCGUGUGUACCACAGCCCAGAGAUGAUGGGUCACCCUGACCUUCUCCCAGAAGUGGAUGUUUCUGCUCUGGGUCCCUUGAUGUCCCCUGAGCUCGUGGAUCAGACAGAGAGGAAAUACGUGGUGAAAGUCAAGGCUAGCGUGCUUGAGUGGAUGCAGAGGACCCUGGAGGUGGAGUUCAAGGAGUGGUUCAGGGAAGAGGAACCUGAGACAGACCAUCAGGGCUUCUUCCAGUCAGCCCUGCCUGUCAUUGUCAUGCAGAUGCUGAAUGAGAAUAUCCAGGUAGCCUCCUUGAUCACAGACUCUCUGCAGCAGAAGGUCUACAACAUGGCCUUGGAGGAGCUUGAGGCAUUUCUGGGCCGUCUGCGGGAAGCCCUAGUGCAAUGUGGGAAGGAGCACCAGAAGGACCGUACCAUACCCAAGUACUAUGUCUCCUACCUACUGGCCAUGCUCAACAACAACCUGGCUCUUAGCUCCUCUGUCUCCUUCCUGCACCCCGACAGUGCCCACAGAGAAGUCCCCAUGUCCCUCCGGGCUGCUCUAGAUAGGAUGCAGAAGAAAGCCUGCCAGCUGCUGCUGGAGGAGCUGCUCCUGGACCUGCAGCCCCUCUGCCUGCAGCUGCCUUCCCGCAAGUGGCUGUCGGGGUCCCAGCUCGUCAGCAGCAUGUGCGAAGUGAUUGACAAGUAUGCAAAGGACUUCUCCCGCGUCAGGAAACCCGUGUUCAUGCUUCUGCUGACAGAGAGCGAGCUCCUGGUGACGAGCCAGUACCUGCGGGCACUCAUGCAGAAGAAGAUGGUGUGCAAGAGCGAGGAGGAGCGGGGCCAGCUCUGUGACCGUCUGCUGCAGGAUGCCACACAGCUCCGUGAGCUCUUCUGUGGCCUGGGUCUGGACCAGAGCCAGCAGAGCCUGGAGGCCGUGUUUGCCCUGCGGGAGCUGAUCUGUCUCAAAGACCCAGCACUACUCAGCCUGGAGGUGCUGGGCUUCAUCACCAAGUACCCUGACGUCAGUGAUGAGCACAUCUCCACCUUGCUGGAUCUCCGGGGUGACGUCUCCAAGGAGGUGCGGCACAUGGUGCUGGAAAUGAUGGCGCAGCACCCCCAGGUCCUGCCCGAGCGCUACCGGCCCAUCUUCAGCACCAUCCUGGUCCCUGCGCCAGAGCUGCCCUUCUGCCUUCGCAAGGGCAAGUGUGCCUGAGACUGCACCCCACAGCCUGCUCCCCACUGCCCCCACGGACGUACGGACCAGGCAGGACAUCUCUGAGGCUGCGCGUGGGGAGAAUGGAGAUGACACAUGGCAUCCCCUAUGCACAGCACCUUGCCCUGUGUUGGGGACAGUCUGGAUACAUGCCAUCCUUCUCUGGUCUUGCCUCGCUGAGCCAACUGUCCCCUGCAAGCAUCAGUCCUGGGAGACCUGGGUCAGGAGAAAAUCAACCCAUAGCUAUUUUGCUGGCCUGCUGAGGCAGUAAUUGAGGGCUGCUCAGGUCUGGCCUAUUGCC